AGCUUAUACAAUUUGGACUAAUCCCGAACGACAUAUCCACCGUGCGUUUCACAUUCAUAUCACCCACACGCUCACAAUUCAUUAUUGUGGCCGCAACUACAAAACACACUGAAAACAGAAAAAAAAUUAAAAAAAGAGAGUGGUGUGGGUUUUGCGGUUGGUUCAUCGUCGACUCUCACCUCGACAUGGCAACCCUUCCCUCCACCAUCCUCUCCAUCUCCUCCUCUCUCCCUAUCCACCGCCUCCGUCGUUCCAUCCCACUCUCUUUCCCCUCUCUCCGUUUCUCCACAAAACCUCGUUCCCCCUUUCUCGUUCUCGCUUCUUCAUCACACGACGACUUCACCUCCAAGAAAUCAGCUCUUUCUGAAUUGAUACACGAAAUUGAACCUCUUGAUGUGAGUUUUAUUCAGAAAGAUGUGCCGCUAACGACGGCUGAUGCUAUGAAAAGGACUAUUUCUGGUAUGCUGGGUUUGCUUCCGUCUGAUCAGUUUAAUGUAGUUGUUGAGGCCUUGUGGGAGCCGCUUUCCAAGUUGUUGAUUUCUUCUAUGAUGACUGGGUAUACACUGCGUAAUGCUGAAUAUAGGCUUUGUCUGGAGAAAACUCUUGACACGUGCGAAAGAGAUCUUGAGAAGCCAAAGACAGAAAGUACAAAGUUCGACUUACAAGACUUCCUACGUGACAGUGUAAAUAUUGACUUUGGUAGAAAGAAUAAUUUGUCUUCCAAAGUUGAAAAGUCUCACGAGGAUGUCGAUAUUGAAGACCUUGGCAAAUUAUCCGCCGAAGCUCAAGAAUUUAUUUCCAGUUUGCAAUCUCGUUUGUCCUCUAUGAAAAAGGAGCUACGUGAAGUGAAGAGGAAAAGUGCUGCUCUUCAAAUGCAACAGUUUGUUGGAGAAGAAAAGAAUGAUUUAUUGGAUUACUUGAGAUCGCUUCAACCUGAACAGGUAGCGCAGCUGUCAGAAUUUACAUCCCCUGAGCUUAGGGACAUCAUCCUCUCUGUUGUGCACGGUCUUUUGGCUACCCUUUCUCCUAAGAUGCAUUCUAAACCUUCAGCUACGUCAGAGAAUGCAACAGUUGGAACAGCAAAUGAAGGGAGUGAGGAUUGUGCCGAGGUUGUUGAGAAUUCUUCACUUCAAUUUCAGCCAUUUAUUUCAUUAACUCGGGACUAUCUUGCCCGCCUGCUCUUUUGGUGCAUGCUGUUGGGACACUAUCUUAGAGGUCUCGAGUACCGAAUGGACUUGACAGAACUGCUAUCCUUGACAAAUGAUGGUGAGAACGAUGUUUCUGGGAAUGAACAAAUUGUUUGAACGCUGUUCAAAUUUUGGGGUACAAUCUGUUUAUAGAGGUGUGGUUUCAACACAAACAUAUUAUGAUCCACAUCAAGUGCUAGUCACUUCUGCUGAGGGUUAUCAUUGCUUACAGAAGAACAAAUCUUGCUUUCUUGAAUCGGUAACAAUUCUCAGUCUCUUCUAAUGUCAGACCAUCAGAAGAAUUGAAGGUGGUUGGCAUUUUUGUUGAUGGUUGAUUGCUUAUUUUAUAGUCUACACAGAGAAUAUGAAAAUGUGACGCACUAUGCAGCUUGAGAUGCAAAAUGAAGUUGGUUAUUUAUCUGUUUAUAUUUGAAUAAAACAGUUUACUUAGAUGUAUCAUUGUGUCCAUACUACUAUGAGCGAGAUGUUAAGUUUUCUGUAAAUUAUUACUAUUUUGUUAAGUUAGAUGACCUUAUUGUGAAGAA